AUGAAGAGAACAGGCUCCAGUAGCAUCGUUCAACGGUUAAUUACCCACAACAACAACAGCAGCCACACAUCAAGCCUCACCAUCACAAGGAAAUAUUUUUGCCACAGAAAUUAUGUUUUCAAUUCUGCUCUGUCGAACAAACCAAACACAAUUAUUGUUCCGAACAAAUUGUUGAAUCAUCCAACAACAACCACAUCAUUUGGCCAAAUACGUUCUUACACCACCACAAAUUGGUGGAAGGAAAAAGAAGCAUCCACCAACGAUAGUGAUGGAACAAAAACUUUAGAACCCUCAUCGUCCGAACCAAUCAUCCUCGAUUUGACUAAUUACAAGAGAUGGAACGCGCAACAAGUUGCAGUGGCGUUGACUUCUGAUGAAUCUUUGGGUGGUGCUGGUUUGUCGGUUGAUGAUGUGAAGCCUUUGUAUGAGGCUGGUUUUAAAGGCACAUCUCUCCACAACAUUGUUGGGAAUAUCAUGAUGGAUGGUGUAAAGUAUGCCAUUGAUCGACUUCAAAGCACUUAUAACAAGAAUAACAUUUCUCAACUCUCCGACACUUGUCAAACUAUUGUUUCUUGGGCUAAUGAUAGAAUUGUUUUGCCUCGCCAAAAAAUACAGGACCUUUUCAAAACAAUAGAACAAGAACAUUCAUCCUCCCAACAAAUCUCUCUCGAUUUGACUAAUUACGAGAGUUGGAACGAGAAACAAGUUGCAUCAGCAUUGAAUUAUCCUAAAUCUUUGGGUGGUGCUGGUUUGUCGGUUGAAAAGCUGAAGCCUUUGUAUGAGGCUGGUUUUGAUAGCUCAUCUCUCCACAACAUUGUUGGGGAUAUCAUGAUGGAUGGUGUAAAGUAUGCCAUUGAUCGACUUCAAAGCACUUAUAACAAGAAUAACAUUCCUCAACUCUCCAACACUUGUCAAACUAUUGUUUCUUGGGCUAAUGAUAGAAUUGUUUUGCCUCGCCAAAAAAUACAGGACCUUCCAAAAGUAAUAGAACAAGCACAUUCAUCCUCCCAACAAAUCUCUCUCGAUUUUACUAAUUACAAGAGUUGGAACGCGCAACAAGUUGCAGUAGCGUUGACUUUUGAUGAAUCUUUGGGUGGUGCUGGUUUGUCGGUUGAUGAUGUGAAGCCUUUGUAUGUUGCUGAUUUUAAAGGCUCAUCUCUCCACAACAUUGUUGGGAAUAUCAUGAUGGAUGGUGUAAAGUAUGCCAUUGAUCGACUUCAAAGCACUUAUAACAAGAAUAACAUUUCUCAACUCUCCGACACUUGUCAAACUAUUGUUUCUUGGGCUAAUGAUAGAAUUGUUUUGCCUCGCCAAAAAUCACAGAACCUUCUGAAAACAAUAGAACAAGCACGCCAUAAGAGAAACCCCGAGACAACAAUAGACUUCCAAAGUUUUUAUUCUAAAACACGGGAAGAAUUGGCGAACAAAUAUUCAGAAAUGGUGUUGGGAGAGGGAAAGUUUGUUGAUUUUGAGCAAACGUUGCGCGCAAAGACUACCAUUCCUUCUGCGAACAUUGAAUUUGGCUAUCCACUCUUUGGUAAACAAUAUCAGUCAGCUAAAUUGCCUUUAAUAUCUGGUUCAUUUGCCAAACAUGAGCUACCAUAUUUUACACAGUUCCACUAUACUAUGGCACAAGAUGAUGAGGUAUUGAAAAGAGUAGCUAAUUCUAAACGAAGCGCAUUAAUGUUUAUGGGACCAUCUGGUGCUGGUAAGACAUCAGCGUGCGUGCGUUUAUUAUGUUAUAAUCCUGGAAUGGUUUUAACAUGUACUUCAUCAUCAGAGGUAUCCAGUGGAUUGACAACUGAUUCGUUGAUGCGUCAAGCAUUUGGCCACUUAAAGGGACGAAAUAUUUUUGAACUUUUUGGCUCAGUAGAACAAGUAGUACUAAUGGUAUUCAUAUGUAGAUUGAUUUAUAUCUCAAAACUAAUUGAUGAAGCAAAACAACACCCAAAUGUAUUUGAAGACUUUGUUCAGAGAGAUAAGGAUGGAAAUAUUGUUAAUGGUGGAAUACUUCCCUAUCUUGCAUACAUGCAAUCCAAUGGCAAAACUAGCGCAAGCCGUGAAGCUCUAGACUAUGCAUUGAAAUUUGUUUAUUCUAAUCCCGAACAAUUGAAGGCAUUUGUUGAAAAAUUAGUGGACAAGAUAAUUCAUUCACUUAAUGAUAAUUCAACUCUAUUUGGAAUAGUUAAGAAAAUUGAAUAUUUUGUGGUUGUCAUUGAUGAAGCAAACGUUUAUGCAGGCAACAAUACUGGCUCUGAGAACCUUUCAGAGUUAAUAAGUUUGAGUGGCGAGAAGAGAGGACUGUUAACCAAGUUUGCACAAUUCAUUGGUGCCAUAGAAAAAUUUCAUGUGUCCAUAUUUUCUGGAACUAAUUUUUCCGUUGAUGUUGGAAGUAUUAUACAAUCAGCUCUUGGUAAAACUGAAGCAAAGAUUGAUAUAGAAAAAAUAUAUGACUUUGGUUUGGUUGCAAGAGAUGAUAUCGUUUCAUUUUUAGAAAAACAUAUCAAAAUACCAAACGAGGAGAAGAAAGAGAUUUUAUUCUAUUUACAUGAACAAGGUUACAAGUACUUUCGAAGAAGAUUAAUCACAUUGGCAUUAGAAAAACUUGCUACAACCAACACCAUAAUAGAUGCUCUUAAUUUGUCCGUAAAAGAGUUUGUAUUGGGAGCAAAAAAGCAUAUAGAGCAUUAUCUUGAUACCUACAACUCAAAAUUGAAUCCUAGAUUGGCAGCAGAAGAAACCACUCGACAAGGUAUUCAAGAAGCCAUUGUUAAAUAUGUUACUCAUUAUCAGUUUCCAUUUUUAGGUUCUAAGUUUACGGUUCAUAAGGAUGAUAUUGCUGACGCUUUACUAUAUUCUGGAUUUUCUGGCCCAGAAAGCUCUUAUUUGGAUGAUCGAACCGCAAAAUAUUUUGUAUUUUCUGCCAAGGAUUUUAUUGGGUAUGAAAUUGGAAUGGAAAUACUAAAGAAGAUAUUUGGUAUUGAAGAUAAAUCAGAACUAAUGAAAAAGAUUAUUCAAGAAAGGAUUAAAUUGCUCCUGAAAACUUCAGACCACAACAUUGAUUUGGAAUCAAUUGUUAUGCUCAGACUCUCAGAAUUAGAUGGUACACGUUUGUCAGAAAUUGGUUGUUUCAAACCACUAAUCACCAACAAUGCAAACUUAAAAGAUCACAUAUUCAAGUGCAAACAUUGUUUAGAUCCAAAGGGAUAUAUUGAGUACUGUAUUUCCAAACACGUUAUAGAACCAGAGAAGAAGAAUGAUAUGAAUGGAGAAAAUUUGUUCUGGACACACUUUGCCGAGAAAAAGUGGGAUUUAUUAGAUGGAGUAUUUAUAACUCCAUCUAAUGAACACCACAACGACCUGUUUGGUAUUAACAGAGUUAAAGGUUCAGACAUGAUUAUUCCAAUAGGUUUCCAGUGUAAAGUGCAAUCUGGAACUAACUUUGACCCCCAUUCAUAUUUUAGCUCCACUAUUCCUGAACUAUUUUAUCUAGAUAAUUAUGGAAAGCUGAAAUCUAAUACCCUCUACAAUUUAAAUUGUAAUCAUAUUGAAGAAACCAAGAUUAACAAUGAAAAUCGUUUCGUUGUGAAGAAUAAUUCAAAACAGAUAAUAGAUGAUGCGAAUGGUCAAGGCAUGAAAGUUAGUUCAAAUGCAAAAUGGUACAAUGACAUAAGAAAUGCUAUUUUACAAGUAUUUAAAUCAUCAAAUAUGAUGCAUGUGUGUGUUGGACUUCACACAACUGAAACAUUCUCAAAAGAGGUUGUAAAGAAAUACCAGAAAAACUAUUUGUGCUCCUUCAUUGACAUGAGCAACUAUGACUUACUCUUCGACAAAGAAUGGGAGAGAUAUUUAAAGAACUUUUUAACCACAGUGGCAGAACGAGUGAAUAGUGAUAAUAAGCAUAAUAUGAAAUAA